AUGUCAAUACCAGUCGCGUCACUUCUAUCUAACGGCGAGCCGCCACAUGCACAUUCCGAAGAGAGAUGGAAGUACCUCAGACGCAUAUUUGAGACCAAAUCACCAUUCUCGGAUGAGGAGUAUCAGCCCGGUCCCGCCGUCCUUGACACCAUCAAAGCCGCCAAGAUCCUUGUCAUCGGCGCAGGAGGACUCGGAUGUGAGAUACUCAAGAAUCUCGCACUCUCCGGGUUCAAGGACAUUCAUGUUAUCGACAUGGAUACGAUAGACGUCUCAAAUCUCAACCGCCAGUUUCUAUUCCGUCAAGCCGACGUGGGUAAGUCCAAGGCGGAAGUGGCUGCGUCCUUCGUUCAACGCCGUGUCACGGGCGUCAGCAUCACUCCUCACAACUGCAAAAUCCAAGACUUCGAUGAAGACUUCUACAUGCAAUUCACACUCGUCGUAUGCGGUCUCGAUUCCAUCGAAGCCCGCCGCUGGAUCAACGCAACGCUGGUCGACAUGGUCGAUAUGGACAACCCGGAGUCUCUCAAACCACUGAUCGACGGCGGAACAGAAGGCUUCAAGGGCCAAGCUCGCACCAUCCUGCCCUCAAUCUCCUCUUGUAUCGAAUGUCAACUCUCCAUGCACGCCCCACGAGCCGCCGUGCCGCUCUGUACUCUUGCCACCAUUCCCCGACAGCCUCAACACUGCAUCGAAUGGGCCCACAUCAUCGCCUGGGAAGAGCAGCGCAAAGGCGAUACUCUCGACACCGACGACCCAGAGCACAUCACUUGGCUAUACCGCAAAGCGCUGGCGCGUGCCGAGGAGUUCAACAUUCAAGGCGUCACCUACAGCAUGACUCAAGGCGUCGUGAAGAACAUCAUACCCGCCAUCGCCUCCACUAACGCCAUCAUCGCCGCCGCCUGCACCAACGAAGCCCUCAAAAUCGCCUCCUCUGCAGCCCCAUACCUCGACAACUACAUGAUGUACACCGGCGACUCCGACGGCGUCGGUCUCUAUUCGCACACCUUUCAGGCGGAGAAGGAACCAGACUGUCCCGUGUGCGGCACACUCGCGAGACCGAUGACAGUCGAUCCAUCAACGAAGCUGGAGGAUUGGCUAGCCAGUCUCGCCGAGCGCGCAGAGAGUCAAUUGAAGAAACCGAGCGUGCGGACAGAGGAGAAGACACUAUAUUACCAAGCUCCGCCGAGUCUGGAGGAACAGACACGUCCGAAUCUUGGGAAGAAAUUGAGCGAGUUGAUCACAAAUGGCGAGGAGGUGGCAGUCAGCGAUCCCAGUUUUAGCACGGUGUUUCGGUACAAGAUGGUCUUCAAGUAG